AUGCGCUGGUCAAAAGGAGCAACAGAAGGACAAAUCCUAGCUGGUGGAAACGGCGCUGGUUCCGGAUCACAUCAACUAAAUGAACCAAUAGGUCUAUCUUUCGAUCGGCACGGCAAUCUCUUUGUAGCCGAUUAUUAUAAUCAUCGAAUUCAAAAGUUUGAAAUCAGUUGAAUUUCAGGUUCAAAGCUGUCGACAACCUCUCUGAAACUCUACUUUUUUUCUCCCAAAGUAACCUUCCUUCUAUUUCAAUUGUUUUCCAUUUCGCUUAAACUAAAUAAUUUAGUAAUAAUCUCGGCCGCGUUUUUUUCUAAUAGCAAGGAGAGUGUGGGUGUGGGGUGUGCGUGUAGGUGGAUGCAGAGUUGGAACCGGACCGGCAGACCGGCUGGUCCGGUAGAGGAUUUCUUACCGGCCGGUAAAAAAAAAAUUUCUUUACCGUCCGGUCUAGGUUUUUUUUGAGUUUUUUCACCUUUGUUUCAAAAAAAUGACCAUAUAAGUGCUUUUUUUUUGUAAAUCAGGCACUUUUUACUAAGGUCGAAAGCUAUUUCUAUUAACGAACAUGUAUCAAAAUACUCUCUAAAGUCAAAAUUUAUCGUAGUAUACUUAAUCUAUUUUAUCACCUCACUUUGAUAUCUUGUCAUGCUCUCGAAAAUAAUAUCGAAUGAUUGUUUAGCAUUGUAGUUCACCAUAAAUUCAUUCAUAUUUCUUUUCUAUUUGUCGCAUAUAUUCAAGCGGAGCAAAUUAAUAGUUAGAAGAGUACAAUGAGUAUGCAAUUUGUGUUUACUAAGUUAAUUUUGAGUCUCUCCUUAACUUAAUUGUGAAGGGGCUAUAUACAACAAUAUAAACAACAUAUAUGUUCUAGAAUGCAUUCUAGCGAGAAUGUGGGUGUGGGUGUGGGUGGGUGUGUGUGUGUGUGUGGGUAUAUACGCGGGUGUGUGGGG